GGAAAUUUUAAAAUUCGCAGCAAACAAUUUGUUAGUAAACAAAGCAAGUACUACGCAACCGAACCAGAAUUGUUACGGAGUGUCGGAAUUGUAGCGGCAUACCUACCGCCGUGGUCUGUUAUUAAGACACAGUAGCAUAGCAGCGGUUCAGCAAAUUACCUAGGCGGCAGGAUGUCAGGGCUUUCUAUGGUAUUCAAUGGUCUGUUGGUGGGUGCCUCGGGCCUUGCCUUGUACUCCAUACAGCCCGCCGAACAUCCGUAUGCCUUCUCCGCCUGCGCUUUUGGUCUCUGCCAUGGUUUGUUGGGUAUUAUACACGCCUACAAGAAAGGCGACGAAGGUGAUCGUUGCAAUAAGAUUCGUGAGAUAUCCACCAGUGUUAUGGAGAUCAUACAGUUGCCGCUGAUAAAUAUUGAAUUGUACUUAGCAUCGUCUGAAACUAGCGCGUUGGCAUUGGGACACGCACUUUUUGUUAUACCGUUGGCCUUUGAUUUGAUUGCGAAACUGUUAACAGAGGAGGGCGAUGAUAGUAAUACAAAUACACUGAAGGAUCUUACGAUAUUGGGCAACAUUGUGUCGUUGACAUUUUUAGCCGUCAAUGAAAGCAACCACACUUAUAUAUGUAUGGCUAUAACCGCCUUUCUGACCAAAUAUGGCGCCACACUGUUGGACAGUUAUUGGGAGGGCACACUCGAGAACACUGUACUCACCGGUUAUUCGCUGUUUACAUUCCUGGCUAAUUACGCUCUGACUGGCAAGCCAGAAUGGAUGAAAAUGUGAGGUGGAGUAGGAGAUUUAAGAAAAUUUGUAGCCAAAGUAUGCAUGUUGGCAUAUAAUUUUAAAAUAAA